AUGAAGUGUCUCGCAACCGUCACCGCGCUCGCCUGGGCGGCCGCCGCAGCCCCGUCCCUCAACGCGCGCUCCCCUGCCCUGGGCGACUCGAUGAAGCCUGGCAUGACCGUCGUCUCCGACGGCCAGGGCCAUACGAAGCGAGCCCCAGCUCCACGCAUGGGAGACUCCCUGGACCCUGGAGUGACCGUCAUCUCCCACGGCGCUGCCCCGGCCAGCGGUGCCGGCAAGGAGCAGAAGCGAGCCACCGUCGAAAACGACUGCAGCAGCGGCGGCAAGCAGCAAUUCGUCGACCAGUCCCUCGCCGACUGUGUCGCCCGCGCUCGCGCCGGCCAGAAGGCGGCUCAGGACACAAACUCCCAGAUGAUGAUGACCUUUUUCAAGACCGACUCGCCGGAUGUCCGCAAGACAGUCGCAGGGAACUUCGUCAAGAUGGCCAAGGAGUGCCAGGCCCGGUUCGCCAGCAGCAACACGACCGUCACCUGCGCCCCGAGUCGGAACCAGUGCGGGCCGGGGACCGUUGCCGUCACCACGUCGUUUGGACCGCCCGACCAGGUGGACUCGGGUCGCCCCAAGCCCAAGAUCAGCCUCUGCGAUAUGUUCUUCAAGCUGAACCCGGAGAGCGCGGGCACUGGCAAUGCGGGCACUGGCAACAGGGGCGAUGGCAACCCGGGUGAUGACGACGCCAACUCCGGUGUCUUCGGCCGUCAAGCCGGCUCCCAGCCGGCCUGCGGCUCCCUCGACUCCCCCGGCGUCAUGCUGCACGAGAUGAGCCAUGCCGUCAUCGGGACGACGGACAUGAAAAAGACAAAUGGCCAGGGCUCUUACGGCCUGCAGGAUGUCCAGAACCUCUCAGCCGACCAGAAUCUCGAGCACGCCGAUACCUAUGCCCUCUUCGCCCACGCCGCCGCCCUCAACUGCUCCACGGACGACCUGAGAUCCGGAAGGGCCCCGGAGGCCGGCGUCCCCGCCGGUCUGUAUGGCAACAAGGUCAAUUCGACCGAGACACAGCCUGGUUCGGCUGCUCCUGAGCAGGGCACCGGAGUCUCCGGCGGCCAGCGCCCUCAGCGAACGACCACCGCUCCGCCGCAAAAGACUCGCGUUCGCGUCCCCACGCAAGGAACAAAGGGCCCGGGACCUCGCAUUCCCCAGCAGCAGCCGCCCCAGGCCCCCCGCCCUGAGACCCGGCCUCCUGCGGAGGGUCCUGCAGAGGACCCUGUGGAGGAGGGCACCGGUUUCCAGCCAGAGACCCAGCAAACCAAGCAGAACGAGCGUUGGAACCUGCCACCAAGCCCGUCCUGGAACAGGGCAUGA